UGCUUCGGACAUGUCGGUUACUUAUAUACUUAGUCAUACUUGACGUACGCAGUAUUUAACCGGUUUUAUUUGCGUCGUACGAGCAAACAUCGUCGGUUACAAUGAAAGGUUCUUUUUGUGUUUUGUUUGUCGAAUGUGGAAUACUUUGUGUUGAAUGCUCAGUGUCGAAUCGUUUUCAACGUAUAUAGAAGAACCAGUCAGCUACGUGAUCCUAUUGAAUAUCAAACGAAUCAUUACAUAUAACCUUACUUCGAAUAGCGACAUAUGUUUCUGUUGAUAAUACUGUUUUGGUAUUAUUAUUUCAAAUUUAUAAAUUCUUUAAGUCAAACUAUCGGUAUUAACAAAAUUAAUUUAUAAAGAAUAUUACGUGGGAUUACUUUCUGUCAUAAAUGUAAAUUAUUAGUGAUGCCUUGGUUCUGUUGUUAAGUUGUUGAAAACGCGGGAAUAAUGUAACUUGCUGGUUUCCUCAUAGAAAUUGACGCGAACAUUUUAUUGGUGUUACAUUUUUAAAUGAUGUGUGUUUUAAUGUGAUUUUAAAAAAUCAUAUUAAAGAAAUUCUUGGAGUCAAUGAAUGAUGACAUGACACUGUUACGUCACAUAUUACGCCGGAUCGUCGCAUUUGGAUUUUAACAUUUUAAUUGAAAAUAUUUACUAUUUACACUGAUUUAUUUAUGAUAUAAAGAUAUGGGUCCUUAUUUAACACGAAAGCGUACUUUGUCGACAACAGAGUCUCAGAAAUCACAAGAGAAGAAGGAAACAUUGGUCACGAAAACAAUAUCAAAAUUGAAAUCAAAUACCAAGAAAGAAUCAGAAACAAAAGAUGGUCUUAGAAGAAAAAAUACAAGAGCAACUGCUUUAAAAAAUUCAUCAAUGAAAAAGCAAAUUGAUCAUUCAUCAGAAACAAUUAAAAAUGAUCAUAAAGAAGGUAAAAGGAUUACUAGAAGAAAAAUUAUUGAUAAGAAAGAACCUGAACCAGCUAUUGAAAUAGUGACAAAUAAUAGUUUAAGCACAAAUAAACAAGAACCAAAGAAUAUUAAGAGACGAAAAAUUAAGAAAACAUUAAACAAAAAUGUAUAUAAUUUAAGACAAACAUCGUUAAAAGAAUCCUUUCUAAAUCAGUCAAAAAAGAAGUUGUUGCGUGCUAGAGAAAAUAUAAAGUCAUCUGAAAAUGACUUGCCAUUGAUAACACAACAUCUUUCACCUAAGAAACAAAAUAGCGUAGUAUUGGUAAAGAAAUUGAGUACAAAGAAAGAAAAGGUGCCAGUUUACAAGUGUAUUUCACCUGAACAUCCUGUAAAAAAUACAAGUGAAAUAUAUGAAUUCAAUUUCGAUGUUAAUGAUUCUAAGGAAAGAUUACCUAGAAAACAAAGAAAACGAGUAAUCGCAAAGAAAACAUUACUACCCAAGAAAAAGAAAAUUAUUUCCAAAAAAUACAAUGUACAGAAUGUGGUGGAUCACAAAACAAAACCAAGUAAUGUUGAAUUUAAGAAAGGUAAUAUUAAAUCUACUAAUGUAAAACCCAAAGAAAGUGAUACUGGAUCUAUUAAUGGAGCACCUAAAGAGAGUAAUAUUGAAUCUACAGCAUGUACAGAAAGUAAUAUUAAAUCUACUAAUGUAGUGUGUAAAGAGAAUAACAUUAAACCUACUAGUGUUACAUGUCAAGAAGUUAAGGAAGAGAAACUUGAUCAGCCAUUACAAGUUAACAUUUCUAUGGAACCUUCAAAUGAAGUUCCAUUACCGGAAAAUGGUGAGAAGAGCAUCAUAAAUAAUACAAAGUUAAAUACAGAGCCAUUAGCACAUCCUAUAUCAGAUGGCACCAACACAGAAUCACCUGUAAAUAAUAUAAUUAAAAAACUAACAAUUGUAUCUACGCAAGACUUAAGUAACCAAAAAAUUUCUAUAAUGGAUAAUUCACAAUUCUCCAAAUCGAAUGAUUUUAAACCAUUUAGACCUACAAAUAUUUUUAAUAAUAAGUUAACAGUCCAUCAAAAAAAUUCAUUCAAUAAUUCAUUGUUUGAAAAAUCGUUGUCGCCCAUCACUAAAUUAUCAGAAAAUUGCGAGUAUAACAGCCCCUGGAGAGUACCACCUCCUUUGUUCACGUUUUCUCAAGUAAGAAAUGUGUUUCAAAGUACACCACAAAAUAAGAAAUAUGACAUUUUUAGAAAAACACUAUCACGGGUAACAAUGAAUGAAUCUAAGAAUAAUGAAAAUGCUGCAAGAGGAAAAGAUGUUUCAUUAAGGAACAAUGAAAAUGUGAGUCUAGAAGGAUAUAAAAAUACUAACUAUUCCAGAAAAAAGAAUUCUACAACAUCAAGAAAGUUCGGUACAGAAAUUACGAAUAUAGAUCAUUCUGUGCCAUCCAAUGUAGGGGAAGAAAUAAGAGAACGAAUAUCAAAUGAAAUAGAAAAUGUACAACCAAAUGUUCAAUCGUCGAAUAGGGUUAAUACUAGUGUAGAUCAUUUUUCUACACAUCAUAAUAUUGAAAAUAGAGUAAACAAUGUAAUCAAUCCUCGUUCACCUAAAAAAGUUGUUAAAAUAGACAAGAAUAAAAUUCGAAGUCCACAGAAGAUUGUAGAAAACAUACAAAUGCAUGAUCGAAAAGAAAAUUUGGAUCCUCAGCCUGGUCCAUCAGGUUUGCAAAAGAAUAGAGUUCUUAGUGAACAGAGGAAUGUAUUGAGGCAAUCAAACUUAAAUAACUUUUUAAAUAUCAUGGACAUGCCACAAAGUACGUCAUUUAAAACUGCUCAUGGAAUCUUUGAUGAUGGUCCAUCAACGCCAAUUAGUGCCAAAUCUACAAAACAAUCCAAUAAGUCUAAUUUAGAUGUACAGGAUGCAUUUGGUUUUAGCGAUGAUGAUUCUAAUGAGGAUAUAUCCCCUGUUAAACAUAAAAUCACAACAAAUGAAAGCCAAAAGAGGAAACCUUUUACAACAAAUUCAGAAAAUAAUGAAAAACUGUUUACUAAGUUCCCAAUGAGUAAAAUAGAAAAUAAAUUGUUAGUUAAAAACCCAUUAAGAGAUGUCACACCUGUAAAAGAUAUAAAAAAUGAAGAUGUAAUUAAAAAAGUACCUCUUAAGGCAAAACAAGAUAUGCACAUUGAUACUUCAAAUUUUUCCGAUACGUUUGAUGUUCUUUCUGAAAUGGGUGAAAGUUCAAUGGUAAAUACAUCUGAACUUCCAUUGUUUGUUGACCCAGAACCAUCCCAUUUUACUGAGCCUCCGAAACAUUCGUAUAAACGGAAACGUAAUGUAAAAUUCAGUUUUUCGGAUGAAGAGUAUGACGAAGAGGAGUUACCACAGUACGAAGUAAAACGCAUGAAAACACACAAUAUGAAAAAGAAUCAAGAGAAGAGAUUAAUUGAAUGGGUUGAGAACAUUAAUAAAACGUUUGAUGAGAUAGAUCAGUACGAGCUUUUGAUUGAAUAAAUAUACAACCACAAGAAUAGAAGACAUGUGACUAAUAGUAUUCCUAAGGAACCAGUAAGUGUAUGUUCUGAUUGUAUUUUAUAACAAUAACUUUUAACGUUUUUGAAUGCACAUAAAUGCCCAUUUUAGAUCUUAUAUAUGUAAAUAUUUUUUUGUAUUAAUGUAUAAAUUUACAAAGUAUUAUAAUGUGGCAUUUAAUAUUUAAUUUCUGUAUGUAUGUGAAGUAAGAAUAUCAAUUAUAUUUUGGUUUAUAUUUGAAGGCGAGAUACUAGUUUAUAUUGUAAACUUUAUGCUUUUAAUACGCGAAGGGAUUACAAAUUUUUUUUUUUAUAGUCGAUUAUAGAUUUCAAUAUUAAUACCGUGAUAUUAAAGUUGUAUCUUUUACAUGAUUAUACAUUUGCUAAGCAUAUAUGAAUGUAAAAUAAAAUGCAUCCAUUUAGA